AUGAUUGAGAAACAAAUCGGUCACUUGAAGUACCUAAGACAAGUUGCUUAUAUUUUUGGCAAACAGCCUCCUGCAAUAUACUGGCGACAACUAGAAAGCAGAGAGAACGGUGUAUUUCUUGAUGAGCAACCGAAGUUCAUAAAGGAGUGGAUUGUCGAGGAAAGCGUGCCCGAGCACUCGGCGAAUGUUCUACUCAAAAUCGGGACUGAAGAGGCGAGAAGACAUCAAACUGCUGGUCUCCUAUGUACCAGCGAUUUCUAUCACAAUGUGCGAUGCUUCAGCGGAAAGGGAUACGAGAGGGCUCAGCGCCAGAUCCCGACUAGUGUGCAAUCCUCUUUCCUAACCUCGAGCCAGGGGCAAAACCCCAAUUCCAAGGCCAGGAACUGA